AUCCCUAUCGCCGCGCCAUUGUGGUGGUGGUUGGUGUUCAUUCAGAUUGUCAUUAUGCCCUGCUUCUGUGUAUUUUAUUAAUUUUAAGGGUAUUCAUGAAUAUUUUUACUACAAAUGUUUUAGUGGAAAAUAAUAACAGUGACAAUAAUGCGUGCCGAUCCUUUUAUACCAGACUAAUAUACAUCUUUGAGUCGCCACGGCAAUCAGUGAGGAGCAGCAAUGGAGGCAGGUGCGCGUGCGCUGGAUGUGCUCCCGCUCCUGCACGAGCGCGUGGCGGCGCUGUCCGGCGGACGCGAUCGCCGCGGGGGGCCCAUCAUAUGGUUCCCGGCCAACCCGCGCCGCGACCGUAUCGCGCCUGAUGACUACCGACGACUUUUGCAUUACUUGAUCACCAUACCUAGUGAUGCAGUGCGGUCACAUGGCUUCACGAUCCUUAUCGAUAUGAGAGGUUCUGCGUGGGCUGCAAUCAAACCCAUUUUAAAAGUUCUCCAAGAGCACUUCUCAUCAUCCGUCCAUCAAGCACUAGUAGUUAAACCUGAUAAUUUUUGGCAAAAACAACGUACUACCAUAGGAGCUCACAAGUAUAAAUUUGAGGCAGCUGUUAUUAGUUUAGAAGCACUUCCUAAAGUCGUAGAUAGCUCACAAUUAACACCUGAUUUAGAUGGUACGCUUCAAUACGACCACGCGCAGUGGAUAGAUCUGAGAUUAGCAUUAGAAGAGCUGAUGUGGCAGGCUGGCGAGCUCUUGGACCGACUUGACGACUUGCAGGAGGAUGUCGCUAGGGCAGACUUUGCGGAUGACGUCACGGGCGCUCGACGGGCCAUAGACGCACAUGCAGACAUUAAUAAGCGGUUGGCCAAGGUUCCUGUGGACGAACUCGAAGCACAAGGCGAACGAGUUCUGCAACGCCUGGAGGCAGCCGACGCGGCGUGCUCUGAGGCAAGCGGCAGCGGCGGCGAGGCGGCCGCCUUCCACUGCGGCUCCCCCGGCGCCGUGCGCGCGCAGCUCACCGCCGUGCGCUCCGCACACGCGCACGCGCACAAGCUGUGGCAGCACAAGAAAAUGCAGCUCGAUCAGUGCUUCCAACUGAGAUUAUUUGAACAAGAUUGCGAAAAGAUGCUCGAAUGGAUCGUCAAUCACAGAACCGCUUUUCUCGCUACGUAUGUUGAAAUCGGUCGGUCAUGCGCGGCCGCGAAGAGACUUCAAGAAGAACAUGCCAGAUUCGCUGCGGCUUGCACGGGCGGCGGGCGGCCGAGCGUGGCGCGCGUCACGACGGCCGCGCGGCGGCUCGCGGACAAGCGCCAUUACGCCGAGGCCCAGAUCACGGGGCUGGCGCACCGCCUGGAGCGCGCCUACAAACAACUUUCAGCCGGUCUGGAAGAGCGAUCAGCAGUGCUGUCACUGUCGGUGGUGUUCCACCACAAGGCGGAGGCCUACGCGUCGGCGGUUGGCGGGUGGGGCGCGCAGUGCGCGGUGGCGCUGCAGCUGGCCACGGGGCAGGCGGGCGGCGCGCCUUGCGCCGACCCGCGCGCGCUCGAGCAGCACGCCCAGCGGCAUAGGCAACUGUAUGAGCACAUGUGCCAGGCUUAUACUGAGGUCCAUUCAACAAGCAAGAAACUGCUUUACCAGUUGGAUCACUUAGUUCAAGUGUGCCAUCAAACAGAUCCCGCUGAUAUGAGCGACGGUACUGUCAGCACUGCGGGAAGUAGUAGCGGCGACCCGGCCGCAGACUACAGUUCCGGCGCCAACCACGUCCUGGCAGUCAUACACCAAAUCCUGGGCCACCACAGAGCCCUCGAAGCCAGAUACCACCAGGCCAGGCUCAAGCUCCACCAGAGAUUGGCUCUCUUGCUAUACAAGGAAGACUGCCGACAAGUAUUAGAUUGGCUAGCGAACCAUGGCGAAGUAUUCUUACAGAAGAACACGGGUAUUGGAAGGAAUCUCCACAAAGCUAGAGUAUAUCAAAAAUCUCACGAACAUUUCGAAAAUGUUGCACAAAACACUUACACGAACGCGGACAAGCUUCUGGCAGCCGCCGAGGAGCUGGCGCGGUCCGGCGAGUGCGACCCCGAGGAGGUGUUGGGCGUGGCGCGCGAGCUGGAAGCGCACGUGGCCGCGUUCGCGGCGCGCGUCGACCGCCGCCGCCGCCGGCUCGACCUCGCCGUGCUGCUCUACACCCACGAGAAGGAGCUCGUCCAAUGGCUGGAGACGGUCCGAAGCGGGGGCGGCAUGUGCACGGCAGACGAUAGCCCUGAGGCGGCGCGGCGAGCGCUCGAUCAGUGCGCGCAGCACCGCGCCGCCAGCUUAGACGCCUGCGCCGCCACCAUCGCGCAGGGCGAGGCCUUGCUGCAGGAUCUCAGGUCUUCGGGCGACUCGGACGCGGCGAGUACCACCGCCGUGGAGACGACGCUAGAGCGACUGCGGGGUACGCGGGGCGCGCUCGAGGAGCUCUGGUCAGACCGCGAGCGGCGGCUUGAACUCACGCUGCAGCUCCGGCACUUCGAGCGGGACGCGCUAGAGGUGUCUUCCCGGCUGGAACUGUGGGGCGACGAGUUGCAGCGUACGGAGCCCCCGCGGGACCCGCAGCAGGCCGAGCAGGCGCUGGCGGCGCACAACGAGAGCGUCGCCAGGAUGCAACACGCCACCUUCCAGGUGGUAGAGCAAGGGCAGGAGUUGGCGGGCGGCAUCGCGGAGGCGGCGGACGCGAUGGGAGCGAGCGGCGCGGAGGGCUUGGAGCCUGCUCCGCUGGACGCGCAGGCGCGCGUGCAGCUGCUGCUGGAGUUCCUGCACGACCGGCAGCUCGACCUGGAGGAGCUCGCCGAGGAGCGCCGCGCGCGCUUCGAACAGUGCGUCCAGCUGGGUCAGUUCCAAAAAGAUGCCACGCAGGUGGUGAGUUGGAUCCGCAACGGGGAGGCGAUGCUGGCGGCUUCGUUCUCGAUUCCCGGGACGCUGGCGGAGGCGGAGCAGCUCAAACGGGAGCACGACCAGUUCCAAGUGGCCGUGGAGAAGACGCACGCGAGCGCGGUGCAAGUUAAAUACAGGGCUGAUGCUUUGCGCGCCGCCAACCACUAUGACCCACAUACUAUCAGAGAAAUUUCAGAAGAAGUAACUGAGCGCUGGCAGCGCCUGGUGACUUGUGCGGAGGAAAGACACAAGCUUGUCACGGCGUCGCUCAAUUUCUACAAAACCGCUGAGCAAGUGUGCUCGGUAUUGGACUCGCUGGAACGAGAGUACCGCAGGGAUGAAGACUGGUGCGGGUCCGCCGCCGUUCCUUCCACUGACGAGCUCACGCAGUCUCAGGCUGUUGAUAAGGCGGCACAGGUGGCAGCCCUAAUAGUGAAGCACGGCGAGCAGAAGGAGGCGUUCUUGAAGGCGUGCACGCUGGCGCGGCGCACCGCCGAGACGUUCCUCAAAUACGCGGCGCGCUCGGCGCAGGUGCACGGCCAGACCGCCGCCGCCAGCAAGGCGCAUCACGACCAGACCAGAGCUAUUCUCGACACGUUGCUCUCGCAGGAGAAUAAGGUAUUAGAACACUGGACGGUCCGGAAGAAGAGGCUCGAACAGUGCCAGCAAUUUGCGCUGUUUGAGCGGUCAGCGCGCGCGGCCGUGGAAUGGAUCCGGGAGACGCAGGAGCGCUGCGGCGCGGCGGCGGCUGCGGCGGCGGCCGGCGUGGCGCGGGAGUCGCGCGAGCGGGUGCGCCUGUUGGCGCAGCUCGCCGACGGCCUCGUCGAGAAGGGCCACCCGCACGCCGUGCAGAUCAAGGAGUGGGUGGCCGCAGUCGAUGCCAGAUAUGCAGAAUUUAGUGGAAGUAUGGAGGGCGGCGAAAGCGAAGCGGAGAGCGACUCCGGCGUGGCGGCGUCGUUGGCGUCCUCGCAUUCGGCCGACAGCGAGGCGCGCACCGCGCCGCCGCCCGCUAGCGCCGCCGACGACAAGCGCCGCAGCGCCCGCAGGAAAGAGUUUAUAAUGGCUGAGUUACUCCAGACUGAACGUGCUUAUGUCAAAGAUUUGGAAACAUGUAUUACUUGCUACCUGCGAGAAAUGCGCACCGACCCUAAUUCUGUGCCUCAGGCUUUGCAGGGAAAGGAGGAAAUAAUAUUUGGUAACAUCGAGGAGAUCCAUCGUUUCCACGAGCGAGUGUUCCUGCGUGAACUGGACAAGUACGAGACGAUGCCGGAGGACGUCGGGCACUGCUUCGUGACGUGGGCGCGCGAGUUCGACAUGUACGUGUCGUACUGCCGCAACAAGCCCGACAGCAACGCCGCCGUCGUGCAGCACGCCGGGGACUACUUUGAGAGGGUGCAGCGCAAGAAGAAAUUGGAACAUCCUUUAGCUGCGUACCUAAUAAAACCAGUGCAAAGAAUUACAAAAUACCAACUGCUACUCAAGGAUCUUCAAGCUUGCUGCGCGGAAGGACAAGGAGAAAUUAAGGACGGUUUGGAAGUCAUGCUUUCCGUGCCUAAAAAGGCUAAUGAUGCGAUGCACCUUUCAUUAUUAGAAGGAUGCGACGUGCCGACAGAUAGCCUAGGCGAAGUUGUACUCCAGGACUCCUUCCAUGUGUGGGAUCUACGUCAAAUCAUCAAAAAAGGUCGCGAGAGGAGGGUAUUUCUCUUCGAUCUUCACCUCCUACUAGCUAAGGAAGUCAAGGACUCUCAUGGCAAAGCCAAAUAUAUUUAUAAAACUAAAUUUAUGACUUCUGAACUGGGAGUGACGGAACACAUUGAAGGCGACGAGUGCAAGUUCUCGGUAUGGACCGGGCGGGAGCCCAUGGCCAGCGACUGUCGCAUUGUUCUCAAAGCUACUUCGCUAGAAGUGAAACAGACGUGGGUGCGCCGUCUUAGGGAGGUUAUACAGGAAACAUACUUCAGUGGAGUGCUGCAGCAGCCGCCCCGCAGUCCCGCGCGAGUGCGCCCCACGAGCUCGCAGCGGUCUAGUAGAGACCUGGAAGACACAUUACUGGAUGAGACCUUAGACCGUAAUUCUCUGGCUUCAUUUGGCAGUGGCAAUACGACGGACUCGGACAAGGCUGGACCAGAGAUGACUUGGGUCGUCGCGGAGCAUGUGGCAGGCGGUGCUGGCGAGAUAUCGGUGACGAAAGGGCAGCAAGUAGAAGUGGUGGAAGGCUGGCCAACCCGCGCCGAGUGGUGGGUGGUGCGCGUGCCGGGCGAGCCGCCACAGGAGGGCGCGGUGCCGGCACACGUGCUAAAACCACAGCCACAACACCAUCCACAGCAGAAAACCUCGCCAUCAAGGCGCCCACUUAGCCAGCCCUGUGAAGAAGUAUUAGAGGCAUCCAACUCGGACCCAGGUGGUAGUGUAACCGCUGCUAGUCCUGGAAAGCAGCGAAGAGGUUUUAGCGGAAGGCGAUGGCUGGGAGGGCUGCGGAAACCGUCACAGGGCAAGACCGAGAAGGCCUCGAGCGGGGCGCAGUCCCCAGCGGAUAAGCCGGCUCAGCUGAAAAAGGUUCCUUCCGAGAAGAAACUGAAGCUACCGUACACGGGCGACAACGGCCGCUUGGAGGACGGCGAGGGCGCGCACGGCGCGUCCAGCGCGCUCGACGAGACCGAGGACGACGCGCCCGACGUGGAGCUGCCGCCGCCCAUGAAACCCAUACAGGACCCUCAGGCGGUUCUGCAGCAGUCGCCCACUCCCACAGUGUCCACAGAUGCACCAGCUCGCAAUUCGUUGACCAUGGAAGCUUUGGAAACUAACGGUGGUCCGGCAGACAUUGCAGAAAUUGAACAAAUAGUCAAGGAAAAAAUGGAGCAGCACGGCGGCGCGGGCGCGGGCGCGGCAUGCGGCGGCGGCCCUCGCGCUGAGGAGGGCUCGGCGGAGGCGGAGGAGGAGGAGCCGCGCACGCCGGGGCCCGAUUCGAGCGUGGCCGUGCUCAAGAAGCGCGAGUACGUGCUGCGCGAGCUCCUCGACACCGAGGAGAUCUACGUGCAGGACCUGCGCCUCGUCUGCGAGGGCUACAUCCGACACAUGCAGGACCCCAACGCUGAUCCGCCGCUACCCGAGGGCCUUAGAGACCGAAGACUCCGAAUGAUAUUUGGCAACAUUGAGGCUAUCUACGACUGGCAUAGAGAUAAGUUGGUGCGCGAGCUGCGUGAGUGCCUGGAGGAUCCCGAGCUGCUGGGCCCUCUGUUCCGCCGCUUCCUCGAGAAGCGCAUGUUCCUCUACGAGACCUACUGCCGCAACAAGCCCGUCUCCGAGUAUAUCGUCUCCGAACAUGACCACUACUUUCAAGAAUUGAGGCAAAAACUGGGACACAAAUUACAGCUUGGAGACCUGUUGAUCAAGCCAAUCCAGCGCAUCCAGAAAUACCACCUACUGGUAAAGAAAGUGCUGGCUUACUCGGAGGCCGCGGGGGCCUCGCCCUCCGCCAUCAAGUCGCUGCGGGACGCCGUGCUCUGUACCUCCAUAAUUCCCAAGAACGCCAACGACAUGAUGGAUGUCGGCCGCCUUCAGGGUUUCACGGGCAACAUCACCGCGCAGGGCAAGCUGCUGCUGCAGGAGGAGCUGCUAGUGGCGGAGGGCGGCGACAAGGCCAAGGAGCUGCACGUGUUCCUGUUCGAGCAGUGCGUCAUCUUCAGCGAGCCCGUCGGCAAGAAGACUCACUUUACCAGCCCCACCUACAACUACAAGGCCCAUGUGCAGGUGAAUAAAAUGGAGCUGGAGGAAUCUGAAGGAAACAACGGCUUCGUGAUCCUCUCCGUGGACCCGAACAAGCCUCGACAGUCAUUCGUGUGCCGUGCGCCAGAAGCUCGCCGGCAGCAGUGGAUGGCGACACUGUCGCGCAUCCUGCACUCGCAGCGUGAGUUCGGCGAGGCGCUGGAGAACCCCGGCGCGUACCUGCGCACGCGCGACCUGCAUCGAGACGACGCGCGCGACCCCGCCGCUGCGGGUGAAGGUCGGUGCGGCCUGCGUAAAACGGAGAGCGUGCCGCCGUCAAUGGGGUCGCGGUUUGAGGUGCGCGGGCGCACGCAGCGCGCGCACGCCAAGGCGAACACCAUCAACCUGCCGCCCAGCGCCGCCUCCGCGCGCUCCACGCCCGCCAGCCCCACCUCGCCCACGCAGCCCAACGGCCUGUCGAAAAGGGCGUGGGGCCUGAAGCUGCGGCGCGGCGGCGGCGGCGGGGGUAGCGCAAGCGCCGAGCCAGGCGCCGAGGGCGUCGUCACAGAACUGCGCGCGCCCGAGCUCGCCGAGCCCGCCGCCGAUGUGACCGUGCCGCCUGGCGCCUCCGCCACCAUCUCUUGCCGCGCCUCGGCCACGCGCGCCCAGUCCUCCUGGCGCAAGACCGCGCCGGAAACUCGCGCGCUGCGACACGGCGGCCGAUUUGCCAUUACUUUCGCUCCUGAUGGCUUGGCCACUCUGACUAUUCACGCGUGUCGGGCGUCCGAUGCGGGCGUUUACUGCUGUUUGGUCAGUAACGAAUUGGGCGGCGUUCAGAGCUCGGCGAGGCUGACCGUGGGAUCAGGUGGCGCGCCCGGCGUGCCCGCCGUGCGAGCGCAUCCUGGCGGCGGCCUAGUCGUUCAGUGGGACGAAUCUGCGCCCGCACAUGUCGAAUACUGCAGAGUGGGCGAAGGGGAAUGGCGACGGGCAACCGAAACGCCCGCGGCGGUGCAUACACUGGCACUGGAAGAACUACCGGCGGGGCAGUAUAGUUUCCGGCUGGUGUGCGCACGAAGCGGCGCGCCGGGCGGGGUAUCGCCGCCGGCGGCUUGCGGCGGCGGCGGCACGUGGCAGCGCGAACAGUUUGCGCGCCGGUUCGCAGUCGAUGAAGAAAUCGGCCGCGGCCGCACGGCGCGCGUUCUGGCGGCGAGAGACACUGGGACGGGACAACGAGUUGCCCUUAAACAGGUGGUGGUAGGGCGCGGCUGCGACGCGCAGCGCGAGUACCGGCUGCUGUCUCGCGGCGCGCACGGCGCGGUGGUGCGCGCGCUGGCGCUGUUCGCGGACGUGCCGGCGCCGGGCGCCCACACACUGGUGCUGGAGCUGGUGGGCGGCGGCGCGCUGCUGGACUGGGCGGCGGCCGCACCCGCGCUCUACACGCAGCGCCUCGUCGCCGACCACACGCGCCAGCUGCUCUCCGCGCUCGACUGGUUGCACACCAACAACGUGGCGCAUCUCGACAUCAGGCCGGAGAACAUUCUGGUGGAAUUGUCGGGUGCGCACCCGCAGCUGAAGCUGGUGGACCUGGGCUCGGCGGUGGAGCUGACGGAGGGCGAGGCGAGCGCGCCGGCGGGGCGCGAGGUGCUGCCGCCCGCGGCCGCGCAGCUGGAGUUCGCGCCCCCCGAGUGCGUUCUGGGCCGCCCGCCCGCGCGUGCCUGGGACGCCUGGGCGGCUGGAGUAUUCCUAUACGUUUUCUUGACUGGGUUGUCGCCUUUCCUGGAUGAAUCGAUAGAGGAGACGACGGCGAACAUAAUCAAAUGCGACUACUGUUUCCCGCCGGAGCACUGGGCCGGCGUGGCGGAGGGCGCGCAGCGGCUCAUCCGCGGCUUGCUCGACGCCGCGCCAGCGCGCCGCCUGCAGCCGCGCGCGGCGCUCGCCGAUCCCUGGUUUGAUGAGGCGCCUGGUCUGGCGCUGUCGGCGAACCAGCUGCAGACGUUCCUGGAGCGGCGGCGGCCGGCGGGUCUGGCGCCCGCGCUGCACGCGCUGCGCUCGCCCGACACCUGACACGCCCGCCGACACUCGCCCGACGGAAACGUCAACGAAACCAACAUUGUUUGUUAGGUUUCGACACUAUCAUUAUAUUCGCGGAAGAUCAGCAUAGAUUUUAUCCGAAAAAUGAUCGUUACAUAUGCGCGCCAAUGUUAGUAUUCAUUUGAAAAAUGCGCCCGUCUUGUUUUCGGAAGUAAAUGUUUGUGAGUUUUAAAAGAUAAAUUGCCGGCUUUAGAGUAGUGGCUCGGCUCGUGCAGGCUGUAACCAAAAGACGUGCGCUUGGCACGGGCUGCGUGCUCGAGAAGACUGUAAUCGUUCUGUAGUCAAUGUGCCCACCUUUGUGUCUUUGCUAUUUUAAUUAAUUGACUUAUUUGCAGAUUUUUGAGAUUUCGUCAGCACUAAUUAUUUAUAGUAUUAUUUUCGGAUCUAUUUAGUUUGUGUAGAUUACGUAAGUGGCCGAUUGUAAGGAAGUGACUGUGAUUUAUGCUUAAUAUAAAUGAUGCUUAUUUCUAAAAUGUACUUUUAAACUUCUUUCCAAUUGUAUAUAGACAUUAAGAUUUAGACUUAUGAGUUAUGACAUUAAAAUUGUCCCAUUGAUGUGACCAAAUGCAAUUUAUAUUAUGUAUGUAUAAAGUAUAGGUAUGACUAAAGUGGUGUGUUUAUCACUUAUAAUCAAUAAUGUAGCGCAGAGCCAUUUAAGAACUGAAUGGAUAUGACUGUUAAGUGCAUUGUAAAUACACAUAACUAUCCUAGAACUGAGCCCAUUUUAUACCCACUAGUAUACUGUAAGUGACGCAAGAUAAAAAGCCCACUCAUUUCAUUAUUAGUUAGUAGUCUACAGUCAAGGUCAUAUAUAUGUAUACGUUAUUACACCAGAUAUAAGAUUCAAAUAAAACCCAACCACAAAAUAUCCCGAUUUCAUGAGAUGUAAAUGUACCAGUGGCCACUAUGCUUGUGAGGCGUUUUAUUUUAAAUAUUUGUUUAGAACUUAAAAAUAUGGAAAGUAUCAUAAAUAAGCAUACAACUAAUGUAAUAAAUUCAAAUAUAGUCAGACACUAUGUAAUUAAAGGGUGUCCCAAAAAGGACGCAUGAUUUCAAUUUGCCGCCAUAAAAACGGGACCCUAUUACUAAGACUCCGCUGUCCGUCUGUCCGUCUGUCUGUCUGUCACCAGGCUGUAUCUCAUGAACCGUGAUAGCUAGACAGCUGAAAUUUUCACAGAUUUUGCCGCUAUAACAACAAAUACUAAAAAGUACGGAACCCUCGGUGGACGAGUCCGACUCUCACUUGUCCGGUUUUUGUAUUUUAGUACUGGCCACCCUAAAGAAAAACUAUUUGACAGCUGAAUGUUUAUGGUUUGUAAAAAUGGUGUAAAAGUAUCGAUGUGGAAACAAUGUGGUCUCAACAAGACGGGGCCACUUGCCACCCACACAGCCCGAGAAACGAUGCAAUUACUGCAUGAAACAUUUCCUAGUCGUGUGAUCUCUCGAUUCGGUGAUCAGAAUUGGCCCCCUAGAUCUUGCGAUUUAACGCCUUUAGACUUCUUUUUAUGGGGUUAUUUAUUUAAAGUCUAAAGUCUAUGCCAAUACGCCCACAACCACUCAUGCUUUAAAAGGAGAAAUUCGACGCUGCAUCGGAGAAAUUUCAGCCGCAUCUAUGCAAAAUGGUCAUAGAAAUGUUUGACAAAAGAGUUCGUAUGUGCCAGCAAAGCCUAGGAGGACAUUUGCUUGACGUAUUAUUCCACAAAUAACCCUAUUCUAUGUAUUUCAAGAUUUUAUAUACAAAUAUAUUAUAACAAAAAAAAUGUGUUUUUCAUCAAUUUCAAAUCUUGCGUCCUUUUUGGGACAGCCUUUAUAUUGUAAAAUUUUAUAAUAUUUUAUCACACUUUCGAAAAAAGAUCUUAUAUCAUGCAGGUGUAUUGAAGAACAAAGGCCUAUAUAUAGUAUAUAUUGUUGCCGCGGCAGUUAUGGAUUGUGAAAAAAGCUUGAAGGGAGUUAUAGCUUUUUUUAAUUAAAAAACGUACGAGCCAAGUAGGUACAUAUAAAUGUGUUUUACCUUUAAAAUACUGACAUUUAUAUAUAUUUUUUUGUUUAUGUUUAUAAAUAUUUAGUUUGAUUAAUUUAAUAGCCGUUUAAAUAUUUUCAUCACACUUGCUCGAAAAAGAUGCAAGUGUACUGAAAGGGCCUAUAUUGUUCCCGUAGGAGUUAUUGAUUGUGAAAAAAAAAAACCUGUAACUACCUAGGGAGUUACAGCUUUUUUUUAUUAUGUCACUAAUUCAUACAAACCAAGUAGCGUAAAUAAGUUUUACUUUUAAAAUAUUGACGUUUAUAUUUUUUAAUAUUUUUGUUUGUUUAAAAAUAUUAAAUUCGAUUUAUUUAAUAGCCGUUUAAAAUAUUUUAACAUAAUUUUCAAUCGUGGCUGAAUGCCGAAUAGGUCUGUGCUCUGUGCCUUUGAUGCCUAACCUGUCAACAAAUGACAAUAUAUGGCGGACGAAUGUUUGAUAUGUCACCGUAUUUAAGAAUUAUUUCACUUAAAAUAAAUUUGGGUUUUUCUUCACAAGUGUGAUGAAAAACAUUGUGUGUAACUCCGGGGGUAAGAACAUUGCAAACUCGGGUCUUUAAUUUCCUUCAGCUUGCGGCUGUCGGAAAUUACCACCCACGUUUCCGAAAUUUCACUUAACCCCCUCGUUGUACUAUUAAGUACACAAUUUUCUAUUUUAAGUACACAAUUUUCAACCGUGGCUGAAUGCCGGAUGGGUCUGUGCCUUCGACGCCUAACCUGUCAAAAAAUGAACAAUAUAGCGGACAAAUGUUUGAAAAGAUUUAGGUUUUUCUCCGCAAGUGUGAUAAAAACAUUGUGUGUAACUCCAGGGGUAAGAAUAUAGCAAACUCGAGUUUUUAAUUCACUCCAGCCAGCGCCUGUCGUGGACCCCCCCCCCUCGUUGCACAAUGUACUGUUCUAGGACUGAAAACUCCGCUUUAGCAUGUUUAAUAGUGUGGCAAUAGCAUACCGAAGCAAUAGUAUUCACCCGUGACCGCCGUUCUUGGCCGAGACUACCGUGUUCUGAUUCAUAGUUAUCUAAAAGUAAAUAUUGACACAAUAAUUUUGCGCAAAAAAAUGUUCCGUAAAGUUCUGAAAUGUAUUUUGGUCAGGAGUUGAAAAAACAUUUGUGAAAAGCCUCCAUUUGUAAAGGCCUCUAAAUAUAACAAGUAUAUUACGAAUAGUUAUUUUUGAUCGCCCGAUGGCAGGUAUUAUACCUAACUCGGCUGAUUUCCUGCAUAGCAGGGCCGUAAUCGUUUUUUUUUACCGCGCUAAUAGGAUAACUUUGUCGAAGUAUGAGUAGGUAACCAAGAUAAUUUUGUAGCCACAGUAAAUUCACUGCCAUCUAUCGACACACGAUUAAAACAAAAAAUUAAAAUAUCAAAAAAUGUAUUUAUAUAUGGAUAAAUGUUUUUUUUUUAUUUGCAAUAUUUGCAUUAAUUAUUUUUAAUAUUAUUUUGACCCAUGGUCUUUCACUGAUAUGCGUUAAAAUUGUUAAAUAACAAACGAAACUGUCAACCCCAUCUAUACGAGAGUAGGCCAAAGGUGGUGGCGCCAUCUGAUCGAGAAUCAAAUUUUCUUGCUUUUCAAGGCACGUUUUUUCCUUAGACUGUAUCCAUCUAUUACGGAGUUAUAUCUAUCUUUGUUUUUACUGAGAAUACUUAGGUACCUACAAAGAUACCAUUAAAUACGUAUGUUUAAACCUUCAUCGAAAUCCAAGAUCACCUCUAGUUAUCGAGUUGUAUUUGUACCUAUUGUAAAUUUUAUAAAGCUCAUAACGUAAUA